AUGCAAUAAGAAGUACAUUAUGAUGAACUUUUUGGAAUUUCACUAAUUUCUAUGCGUUAUUUGUCACUUACUGUUCGUUUAGUUGUUUUGCUCAAAUAGUAAGGAAUAAUUCUAUAAAUAAGAUCUUAUGUAAUUUAAAUGAUGCAACAAUAAAGGGACAUCUUGAUUUUCAACAAAUCUAGAAACUAGGAUCUCAGUAUCUUAGACUUAAGUUCUGAAAUCUUGAAUGACUCAUAGUUCGUGGAAACUAUGAAACUUAUUGGUGAUUGA